AUGGACACGAGCUACCUAGCCCAGCAGGUCACCACCAUCAUUGGCCAGCUGCACGGCCUUUUCGACGACAUUGGUGUUCCCAGCCAUGAGCGAGACUCUCGCGAGGCAGAGCUCUUCUCUGCGCUUUCCGAAACACUUCACAACCAGCUGCGACAGGUCACCAACGAGAAGCAUGAGAUGACAGAAGAGGCACAUCGCCUGCUCAAGACUAUCCGGCAAAUGGAGGCCUCGCUCGACGACAACAAGCCCAACCCAAACUACGAGGAUCCCGACGACGACGACAUCACCUUCCCGCUGACGCGCUGUUUACAGGGGCUGAAGGAGCGAUACAACACCAUCAGCAAGCGACACCAGGAGCGCUUCGAGCAGGUGCGCAAACUCGCCGAAGCCCUGGAGUCAUAUGCAUCGCAUCUAGAGGCCUCCUUUGUGCAGAUCAAGCUCCCGCCGACAGAACCCAAUGCUACCGUCUCACCUUCCUUCGACAUCUCGCCCUCCUACGUCAACAAGCUGGAUAACGAGUUCACACGCGUAUACGAAGAGUACACCAGACGAAUCAACACGGUCAAGGUUCUAUGUCAGGAAAUCAUACAACUCUGGGCCGAACUUGGUACUCCACAGGCGCAAACCGACAGCGCAAUCGUGCAAUGCCACCGUGACGCGCCGGAGCAACUGGGUCUACAUAAGGACGAUCUUGCGCAACUCAAGGCGAAAAAGGAACGGUUAGUCGAGGAGAAGCGAAGCCGGGAACGACGACUAGGCCAAUUGCGCACUACCAUCGAGGAGCUCUGGGAUCGCCUAGGUGUCGAGGAGCGGGAGCGCAAGCAGUUCCUUACGAGCAACCGCGGGUGUGGCCUGCGCACCAUCAACGAGUAUGAAGACGAAUUGGCCAGGCUGAACGAACUAAAACGCCAAAACCUACAUUUGUUUGUCGAAGAGGCGCGAUGCAAACUCCAGGAGCUUUGGGAUGCUCUCUACUUUUCCGAGGAGGAGAUGCUCGACUUUACACCCGCCUUUUCAGAUGUUUGCAGUGACGCCCUACUAUCCGCACACGAGUCCGAGAUUGCGCGCCUCGAAGCACUAAAGGAGCAGCGACUACCCAUCCUCCAAAAGAUCGACCGACACCGCGAGCUGAUCAAGGAACGCGAUGACCUCCAGCAGUCCAGUCAAGAUGCAACACGCCUCAUGGCACGCGGCAACAAGGGCGAGAGGCGCGACCCAGGCAAGCUCCUGCGCGAGGAGAAGAUGCGCAAGCGCAUCGCAAAGGAGCUGCCCAAGGUUGAGGCUGAAUUGAAGGACACUCUCGAGAACUGGGAAGACGAGUAUGGCCGCCCCUUCCUUGUCCAUGGCAAUCGAUACCUCGACGAACUGUAUGCCGCCGCCGCUGCUGCAAAGGCCGCUCCACCUCGCGCAAAGACUCCCUCAAAUACGGGCAUGCCUUCAAAGCCAGCGACGGUAUCCAGAUCGACGGCCCCCAGUCGCGCUGGGACAGUUCGUGGACUACCCCCAACCCGAUCAAAGACUCCCGUAUCAAACUUCGGCGCAAGCGUCUCCCGUCAUACCUUAUCCAGCUCUGUUUCGUCAGGUAUUUCUUCAAACUUUGGUGCUUCUGUUUCGGCAUCAGGUCCGAAGAGUCCUUCGAAAAUCCCUUCUCGUGCGACACUCAAGAGUGCACCUCUGGGCGACAACCCAUCUGAACGUCGACCGGCGCUUUCCAGAGAAGACUCAACGACACUCCGGAAGAUGGCGCCGCCAAUGGCACCUCCUCCACGCAUGAAGGACCUCUUUGUGCCACCAGAACCAUCUACAAUGGAGACACCGAUGAACCGAUUUGCUUUCAACCGUGGAGAGCGCAGCGAGAGCAUUGUACGUAACGUACCGCCAGAGGACCCCUACGACGACGGUCCUUCUUACAUGGGACAUCACAACACGAUGCGUGGUGCCUAUACGCCAACGUACCCUCCACCAUCGCUAUCUUCCGCAAGCAGUAGACAGAUCUCACAAACCUCGUCGAACGGGACGGCUGCUACGGGUGUCACGAUGCAGUCAGGGUCGGAGAACUGGGAGACGUUCAGUGAACGAUCAGACGAGCCUCCCGAGGAGGAAAUCGACUUCCACCAUUACCGACGGCAGAUGAAGCGCUAUACACCAGAAGGCGGCCAUAUAGCUAGCCCACGUGGCGUACAAGGCAAGAAGAUCCGCAGCAUACGCAGCGUCGACGGCGAAGCUCUAACGGAGCAGGACGGUCGCAUGGUACGGGUCAAGGAAGGCUCAGACGCGGGCUGGACGGAUGAUGGCGACGGGUAUUGA